UCACACUUAGAAUCAUGUUAUUGCUACAUGAUCUUUCCAGGUUUCCGAGGGAAAUUCACAUUCUCUUCUUUUUCAAAUCAAUACCACCUGUUUCAUUGUAGAUAUAAUACUCCGUAACAUACAGACAGGAUAGAUUACAGAGACGCGGGAAAACAUGACAAGUUUACCUCAACCCCUAUUUAAUUUGAAUAAUUUCCACCAAAACCACUAAGAUGGCCAGAAGAUACCAUCAUCCUCUUCAUAACUGUCCAUCAUCUCUGAUUUAAUUCUAAUCAUGAGCUCCUUACGCUCUACCGUGAAACACCCAACAAUUUCCCUUGUUGAAUCAUGCACAAACCUCAGAGAGAUCAAGCAAGUCCACACCCAACUGCUCAUCAACGGCCUUCUUAACGACCCUCUCAUCCAUGGCCAAUUUGUUGCCUCCAUUGCCCUCAAUCACUCCAACAAUCUACAAUAUUCCAACCAAGUCCUAGACCAAUGUCACACCCCAACUCUCUUUCCCCUGAACUGUUUGAUCAGAGUUCACUCCAAAAGCUCAAACCCUCAAAGAAGCUUUCACUUCUAUAACAAAAUUCUACACUCGAGCAACAAUCUGUCACCUGAUAAUUACACCUUCACUUUCUUGGUUCGCACCUGUGCUCAGCUUUUGGCCCGGCAGACCGGUCCGGCAGUCCACGCCGGGGCUAUAAGACAUGGGUUUCAAACUGACCCACAUGUUAGAAGUGGAUUGAUUUACAUGUAUGCUGAAUUGGGUCACUUGGAUUGUGCUCACAAAGUGUUUGUGGAAAUUCCUGAGCCGGAUUUGGUGGCCCAGACCGCAAUGGUGAGUGCUUGUGCCAAACUGGGACAUGUUGGUUUUGCGCGGGAACUGUUUGAUAAUAUGCCUCAGCGGGACCUUGUUGCAUGGAGUGCGAUGAUAUCCGGGUAUGCACAGUGUGGGCAGUCUGUGGAGGCAUUGAGUUUGUUUCACUUGAUGCAAAUGGAGGGUGUGAAGGUUAACGAGGCGACGUUGGUUUCGGUUUUGUCUGCAUGCACUCACUUAGGAGCAUUGGAUCAAGGAAGAUGGGCUCAUGCAUUUAUUGAGCGAAACAAGCUGCGAAUGACUGUGACACUUGGGACUGCACUCGUUGACAUGUAUGCGAAAUGUGGGAACAUGAAUAAGGCAAUGGAAGUUUUCUGGGGAAUGAGAGAAAAGAAUGUGUACACAUGGAGUAGUGCCAUGGGUGGGCUGGCAAUGAAUGGAUUAGGCAAGGAGUGUCUUGAGCUUUUCUCUCUAAUGAAAAAAGAAGGGGCUCAGCCCAAUGAGGUCACAUUUGUUUCUGUUUUACGGGGUUGUAGUGUUGUUGGAUUCAUUAAUGAAGGUCAUAGGCAUUUCGACUCAAUGAUAAAAGUGUAUGGGCUUGAGCCUCAGCUUGAGCAUUAUGGGUGCAUGGUUGAUUUAUAUGGUCGGUCUGGCCAUUUAGAUGAAGCUUUAGAUUUCAUAAAUAACAUGCCUGUGAAGCCUCAUGCUGGUGCUUGGGGAGCUUUGCUUAAUGCUUGUCAGAUCUAUAAAAAUAAGGAAUUAGCUGAACUUGCCUCAAGAAAGUUAGUAGAGCUAGAGGCCACGAAUCACGGGGCAUAUGUGCUCUUGUCAAAUAUCUAUGCUGAUUUUAAGAACUGGGAUAGGGUCAGUGUUGUGAGACAAACAAUGAAGGAUAGAGGUGUUAAAAAGCUCCCGGGUUGUAGUGUUAUAGAGGUCAAUGGCCAAGUUCAUGAAUUUUUGGUUGGAGAUAAGUCCCAUCCUUGGUAUGGUGCAAUUGAGGCAAAGUGGGAAGAGAUAUCCAGGAAGCUGAAAUUAUCAGGUUAUGCAGCUAACACUAAUCAUGUUCUUUUUGACAUAGAAGAAGAAGAGAAGGAGGAUGCUUUGUGUAAACACAGUGAGAGAGUCGCCAUUGCUUUCGGUUUGAUCAGUUUAAAUGAAAGUGUGCCAAUUAGGGUUGUGAAGAACCUCCGUGUUUGUUGGGAUUGUCAUGCUGUAACAGUGAUGAUAUCUCAAAUUUAUAACAGAGAGAUCAUAGUGAGAGAUGGGAAUAGGUUUCACCAUUUCAAAGAUGGGGAAUGUUCUUGCGAGGGUUAUUGGUGAAAUAAUUGAUCUUAUUGUAACUUGAAUUUCAUUCAUUAAAGGAUGCGGUCAUUGAGGACGGGCUUGGCACAACGGUAAAGAUUGCUCAAUUGUGAUCUGGGGAGCUAACGAAUUCCAAACAAGAACAACAUGCGGAGUUUAGACUAUUUACAUCUAACUCUCCUCAAGCGGCGGGAGCGUCGUGCACUGGGCUAGCCCUAAAGGACGAUGGUCAUUCCUUAUCAAUGCCAUCAGUGAGUUUCUCUCUAUUUUUCCUAUUUUUCAAUUAUUAUAGCAACCUCUUUUCUCUACUUUCAUUCCGUCCUUCCUUUCAUUUCAUGUCAGUUCAGUCCAGUUUGUGAAUUCUUCCACCCAGUGAUAAAGCAGUUUCAAGUGUCUCUGCUUUUUAAGAUGUGGGUCAAGAUUUAAAAAAAAAAAAAAAAAAAAAAAAACAGUUGAGAUUAACAUAUUAAUUGUCCACAUACAUUGUUGAUGGGAAGAUAAUUUCUUGUAUUGUCAGUCAAAAUUUCAGACCUUUUUCUUCCAAAUACAUUCAUGUCAAUUCAUGCUACGUUUAGUACAAACUUGUUAUUCAUUUCAA